UGCUCGACAACGAUCAGUCCCAUUCACCAUGGCAUUUUCAAUUAGGGCAACGGGCCUUGCAAGCCGCAAUCUCUCCAGACUGCGAUAUAUAUGUCCGCAAUGCAGGGGCUAUGCCGACGUCUCCGCUCCACCUCCACUGCUCAUCAAGCUACGCAAGGACCUCAAGACCGCCAUGCAGAACAAGGAUACGAAUCGCCUCAAUGUCCUGCGGUCCCUCAUAGCCGAUGUCACGAAUGCAGCAAAAACCAGCAGUCCCAUCAAAACCGACAUGCAGAUCCUGUCUUUGCUACGGAAACGACAGGCGGCGGCGAAGCAGGCGAGCGAGGAGUUCAAAGCGGCUGGACGGCAAGAUCUGGUGGAGAAAGAGCAGGGCCAGGUCGGUGUGCUGGAGGAGUAUGCAGGGAGUGUGGAGACAAUCUCUGCAGAUGACAUUCGAGAGGUCGUUAUUCGAGUGGUCAAUGAUUCCAAAGAGCAGCGACCUGAUGGCCAGGCCAAUAUCGGAGAGGUGCUAAAGAAGUUGCUUGGGGCGGGAGGGAGCUUGGAUGGCAAGCCGGUGGAUCGCAAAGAGGUGUCAAGAAUCGUCAAAGAAGUCUUGACCAUGUCGUGAGCGAGUGUGGAAAUUGCAGCCUUUUGGGAUACUUGCGACUGCGACAACUGCCUCCCGACUAUUGAUUUGCCGUGGCUCAUUGAGCAAUCGUGGACGCCUUGAGCAUUAUCACUUUGUCACGGAGGAGAAACCCUCCCAGACAGUGACUGAAUGUCUGCGACGCGCCGGUGGAUAUCGACUGAGAAGGCUGCCAAAGUUGGGGAGAAGCCUGGGUCUGGGCCAGGUUUGCCCGGCAAUGUGGAUGCAUACGGAGCCUUCUGUAAUUAUGCAGAACGCAGCUGGUACCAAUCUCCGCUCUAUACGAGACGGCCAGUCUUUGUGAUGACCUGUAAUCUCCAUGGUUUCUUGAAUAUACGUCCGUGCAACAUGAUUGGCUCCUCAGGCUGGCUUCGCCUUGCAUCAACAACUCCACU